GACAAUCUUAUCUCUACAGAGCAAUGAGUACACUUCCUUAUCGCCACACACUGCUAUACCGAAAUCGAGAUGAAACCGGCAUUAUAUUUAGGAUAUUUCAUACUUGGAUUUAUUUUGUUCUCCGCAAAAGUUGCCGAAUGCAUCACGUGUCUUAAUUGCCAAAACAUUGCGGACCUAGGUAACUGUAAGGAUGUCCUUAUAUGCAAGGAAGACGAGGUUUGCUACAUUGACAAAGUUUUGUCCACUACAACUUAUGAACCGCUUUACAAUACCGGAUGUAAAAAAAUGAAGUAUUGCCAAUUGGAAUUCUGCAACAAGAAAGCAUAUGGCGAUGGUAAUUCUCGAAGAAAGAGGGUGACCGGAGAAGAUCUUACAUUGUGCUCCCAGUGUUGUUACGAAGAUAGUUGCAAUGCAGAAGGAUGUGGAUAUAAACAUCCUCAAAAUAACAACACACAAUGCUUUAGUUGUGACGAAGUAUACGAAGGCGGACCACCUUGUAUUAACACAAUUGAUUGCGACCUGAAGUUAUAUGCAUGUUCAGUAACCCGUAAUCCUAGAUCGAAUCACCCAGAUGCAUAUGCACUUGGCUGUAAAUAUAAAAGAGCGCAAUGCGACACAUUUCUCAAUCUGAAUGAAAACCAGAAGGAUGUAAACGUGAAAUGUUGUGACACAACUCUUUGUAACACCAGUCCAUACAACAGAAAAGUCAACAAAACCGCCAUUGCAAUGGACUUUGAAUGUCCAACUGGAAUUGCGCGUCCUACAACAACAUCUGCACCAACAACCAACACAACAAAAGCACAAACAACAACGACCGUAGAUACAACUACAGCAACUACAAUUACAACAACAGAACGACCAACAACGAGACCACCGAUGCCUACACCAACGACCUCACCACCAACUCUGUCGCCAACUAAACCAUCGGUAAACACUUCUCAAACAACCAUUGGCCUUCCGACGAAACCACCAACAAAGCAGCCAACAUUUACUCCUAGUCCACCAACAACACAACCUACAACAAAUGCAACAACAACAACAACAAAACCUACAACGAAAAUAACAACAACAAACCCGACAACGAGAAUAACAACACAAACCGACAACGAAAACAACAGCAACACAACCGACAACAAAAAUAACAACAACACAACCGACAACGAAAAUAAUAACAACACCCACUUCAACACUGGCAGCUUCAACAAGUCCUCCACCGAAAACAUUACCGCCAAUCACAACUACAUGUGCAGUGUGUGCCGGUCCAAAGUUCCUCUGUGAAAAGCUGUAUGCCCCUACCCCAUGUCCUCCACCAAACAACUACUGCAUUAAUACUAUAACAAACCACAAAGAUGGGACAAAAUCAGUCGACAGAGCAUGUGGUAAUUUUGACACUUGUUACCGUGAAUGGUUCCUAGGAUCCUCGGACAACGACAAAUGUCGAAAACUGAGCGAUAAUGACGAACAGCGACUCGACUUCCAGUGCACAUUUUGCUGUAUUAAAGACAACUGUAACAACCCACUGCAUCCAUCAGAUGACACCUUGUACAAACCUGUGUAAUUACGUUUGUUACAUACUUAUAAACAAUGAUCCUAUUGUAUUAAAGACUCAGUGUCUUUUAUAA